UCGCUUACAGAAAAACAAAGUCAGGCGAGGUUGUCUAAUUGCCGUCUUCCUAAGCUUAGCCAUCAUUCUAGAAUGGUACAACUAAGCAUUGUACAACUCUUAGUCUUUCGCUACUUACCACGUACCGUUUCCUGCCGUCGUAAUUUGACAGCUGUGAAGGGGGCUUGUUAUGUGAGCACGAGAAAGUUGCGGACUUUUUCAGCUCAGAGGUCCAUCUUCAAAAACCAGCUACGGCAAGAACAAAUAGAGUCAGAGGUGCCAGACCUUGGAACAGUACUGGAGUCGUGGUACUUUGAUGUUCAGAAGCAUGGCCAACUUAAAGUCAGCUCCCCAAUGGAUGUUCACAUCCGGCCGAUCGACCCACAAAAAUACCCAGAAAUGAAUAAAUUAUUCAUAAAUGUACUGUACAUGGGAAACGACAAAAUUCGCCUAUCGGAAUUGCAGAACCUGACGAAACAGUAUAUUGUAAAUUUGGAUGUCAAAGAAUUCAACACUGGUAUUGACCUGAAAAUUGACCAUAAAAUCAGCCGUCCGCUGGAGAUGCUUUGCCACAUUCAAGUGCCAAUCCAAUACGAUGUGUCUGUGUCCUGUACAAAUACUGGCGAAGCAUGUGUGGAACAGAUGGAAGGCCAGAAUGUCCAUGUUAAAACUCACAAGGGAGAUUGCCUCCUGAAAAACAUCAAGGGUUUCAACAUCAAUGUAGAGACAAAGGAGGGCAACAUCGUCGGGCGCAAGGUCUUACAGGGCAAUCUUCGGCUGACCUCUGUAGAUGGGUCCAUCGCAGCAGACCGAGUGCAGGGUCAGGUUGUGGAGUGUGCUGGUCGCCAUGGUAACAUACAGGUGAAGGAUGUUUAUGCUGAUAAAUCACACUUUCACACUCACCACGGAAACAUCUGCCUGGGCAGUUGCCAUGGUAACACACAGGUCACACUUGACAUUGGUGAUCUCACAGUUGGCAGCCUGGAUGGGAAUCUAUCUGUUAAGGUGGGGCGGGGUGACAGUGUGGUAGCCAUGUCACGAGAGGGCAACAUCAACAUGGAAACUGGGACAGGUGAUGUCUGUGUGAAGGUUGCUGAAUCUCAAAAAGGAAAGGUGAGCCUCACCGGGACUAGCAUCGAUCCUGGGAAAGUGGCACUCAACAAUAUGCAAAUUGAAAAAGCUGACAACAUCACCAGUGUUACUGGUACUCUGGCCAACUUGGACAGCGGGAAGAAGGAAGUUAAAGUGAAGACGGGCAAGGGCCGGAUCAGUCUUGAGUACUACAGCUGGCUGGCCUCGCUCAACAUAUUCAAGGAUGCCUCGUCAUGAACUCUCAUGUGACCUUGACAUUGUGCACUUCAGGCCAUCUUUAGUUAAUCAUUUGCACGCAGUGGCCAGUCUGACUCGUCAAAAAAUACCUGUCCUUUUACCCUAAGAGUAAGCAAAUGAACUUUUACAAAUAUUAUGUACUCUUCGUUAAUGUCUAGGCUUCAUUGAGACUAAGAAAUGCCUUCCUACCCACGAAAACAGUGUGGAUUUAUGAAACUGCAAUGUUUCUUGAUGCAGUAAAUAAGUGCUAUUUUACCAUAAAAUAUGUGCUUGUGCUCAACAUACCUUUUACAUAUUUCCUUUUGAUUUAUUUUUGUCAUCAAAUUUAAGGGGACCUUAUUAAUAGUAAAUACUGGGUAGUUCUCAAUCAGCAUUAUAAAUUUAUACUUAUUUCCAAUGUACAGUCUGGAUCGUAUAUGAAAUUUAUGUUUAUAGCUCAUAUGUUUUUCUAAGAAAAAGGUAGGGCUUUGUGAUUAUCUUUGUGACAUUGUUGUAAUUGUGGGAAAAAAAUGGCCAUACCGGUAAUUAAAAACAACAACUUUCAAGAUAUCCAACAGGUAUAAGAAUGUAUGGACAAUAUGCAUAUGUUCAUGUAGGCCCAUAACUCAAUAUCUUUGAGUAAAGUUAUGUCCCUUCUUUGAAUGAAUAUAUAAAAAAAGGUUCUUUUAUACAGCACUCAUGUUUUAAUUCACACUGUAUUUUAUAUGAAGGAUUGGUUGCCAAUCAAGCAAGUUGCAGUUACUUACAUAUAUUUUUAUUCGCCUCCUCGAGUCCUUUGUUUAGAUGAAACUUGACAUAUGUAAUGUAUGACAGUCAAAGAGUUAUGUUUGUUUCAAUAUUGCACUCCGAUUGGAUAAGCGCGACGUCAUUUAAUCGUUGUAACAAAAAUCAGCUAUUCAUUUAUACAAACGUAUGUUGUUGGUUACAUUUAUUUCAGAACAAAUACUCCAUUGCAGGAGAUGCUGCUUGUUUUUAGUCAUAAUGAAUAAUGAUUUAUAAUGUAAAUUUAUUUGAUUUUAAGUAUUGAAGGUAUUUUUCCUUGCUGUAUGAAUGCAGUAGGGCAAGCGAGCAAAUGACUAAGAAUCGCAGGCAGGCUUCAUGGAAUAUGCUUGCAUGCCCUACUGUGUAAAUGUGAUCAGUCCUUAAAUGUUAUCGUAUACACCCCUAUAGUUACAUGUUUGGUUAUAAUACCCUCAUCAUAUCCUACUAAGACUCUGCUGACCUACAUGUGUAAUUGUGAUUUGUAACACUUAUGCACCCUUUGUUGAUUAUGCAUUGUAAAACAGACACCAUUGACUGUUAGUGUCAAACAGUGUAUUUGUCAUUGUUAAGUGUGUGAGGUUUGUCUAGUUUAAUGUGGCUUGUGAUAAUUACCAUUUUGUAGAAUCUCAAUGCUUGCACUUCUGUUUUAGUUUCUGCCUCAUUGUUUUUACCAAACAGGAACUAAAUGGCUUUAUAAAGGUCAAUAGUUCUAAAUAGUUGUUUGCAGUAGUUGAUCUCUGUAGUAAUGUCAGUGAUCAGUGUUGUUAUCUUAUCCACCGAUGAUUUCAUCGGACUAACACAUGAGUAAGACAUUCUAUUGAAGCUGCAAGUUUUUGACCUACGCAAAUCAAAUAUGAUUUUUGUUGUCAAUUUAGAUGCUUCUUUUAAGAAAAUUAUAAUCUCAUUUUUUUAAAAACAUACUGUGAAAUAAAAGAAAUUUAUGAAGUCGGUUGAUCUGUGCGACUGUAUCAUUUCUUGCUGGAUGGGUAAAGUUACAUCCCGCUCUACCUAUGCUGUGUGAUACUGACUUUAUGGAAGCAACUCAAAGUGAUACAUCCCCACAGAUUAACAGUCUUAAAUUAUAUUUCCUCUGUAUUGUAUGUGCAUUUUAUACAUUCUUAGAGUUACCAUGUAGUUCUUUGAAGUGACAGAUUCCUUAAAUGAACAUGUAUAACUCCCAGUAAGUGGGCGGUAAUUCGGACCGUUGAAUGUGCUACCCCGGUAAGCAAUCAUGGAAAUAUGCUAAUCUGCCAUCUGUUGUUACUUGUUUUACUGUUAAGUUGUAUAUAAAGCAUGUACACUGUUUUAAUUUGAAUUAAUAAAGAUUAAUACAUUUA